UCCUUUAGUUUUUUGACGCCCACCCACAUCAAAGCCACUCCUCCCCUUUUCUUCUCCCCAAGAAAUGAGUAUGAAAACCAAAAUCCCAAAAACCUUUCACUGUAAAAAAGAAGACAUUACCUUAAGAACUAAAAAAAAGAGGAGGAAAAACUGGUAACCUCUCUAAAAUUAUUGGGGCUGGGGCAGGGAAACCAUAGGAAAGCAACUCUUUUUCCUUUUUCUUUUUUUUUUCUCUCUCUCCAGUCUUUUGUGCUACUCCCCAGCCAACAAAAAAGAGAGCCCCCCCAUUGCAAACUGGAAGAAUGGAUUUGAAAGAAUUGAAGUGACCUUGACCCAUGUAGUGUCCUCUCCCCUCCCUCUAUUUAAAACCCUCAAAUAUCUCACCAAGUCUCUCCCUCCCUCCCUCUCUCUCUCUCUCUCUCCUUUCACUUGGUUUUUUUUUACUACAGUGGUAUUAGUUUUGUGCGUGUUUUAGAGUGAGUGAGUGUGUGUGUGUGUGUAUUUAGCAAGGGGAAGAUGCCAAGGCCAGGGCCAAGGCCUUAUGAGUGUGUGAGAAGAGCAUGGCAUAGUGAUAGACACAAACCCAUCAGAGGUUCCAUGAUUGGACAAAUUUUAAGGAUGGCCUAUGACACUCAUAGUGCUGCAACUAAAGGGAAUAGGGAGUGGCAAGAUAAGCUUCUUCUUGUGGUUUACAGGGCUGAGGAAAUCAUGUACUCCAAAGCCAACUCUGAGGCCGAGUAUGUGAGCAAAGAGACUUUAUGGGACAGAGUAAACGAUGCCGUUAAUACCAUUAUAAGGAGAGAUGAGAGCACUGAAACUGGAGAUCUUUUGCCUCCUUGUAUUGAAGCUGCCCUUAAUUUGGGAUGCAAAGUGGAGAGAGCUUCGAGAAGCCAACGACACAACAAUCCCAGGAGCUACCUCAGCCCAAGAACGCAAGAACCGGCAUCUGUAGCUCCUAGAGCUGUAGAUAGAACUCAUGAUGAGCAAGGCCCUCGGCUAAUGCCAAUUCACUCGAUCAAUCCAUUGAACUUUGCUGCAAGAGCCACCACAAUUGUGAAUCCAAAUCUUCCUGUUUCAGAGUCUAGUCAUCGUCUGGCUGAGAGUAGUAAUGCUGCUCCUCCUCACAGUUACCCUAUCUUGUAUGAGAAUAUCCCUCCUGGCAGUGAUCAGUUGACUACCAAGGAAGCCGACAUGCAUCAGAACUUUGGUUCAGUUUAUCCCUUGUUUUAUGGAGAUCAAUAUCAAAUAGAAGCAUCUGAUAUGGUCUCUGAAGUUUCGACAAGGAUGAACUCCAACAAUAUACUUGUGGGUAAACCUAUUGGUACAUCAGUAGCUGCGCAUAGGGAUAUCGGCGUUAUCUCAUGUUCCAGUGCUGAAGUUGGUUCCAUGAAAAUCACAAAAGCAGAUUUCAGGAAUAUCCAUGAGAAGCCAACUGGCACGCAAUGUGAUUUAUCCUUAAGGUUGGGUCCAUGCUCAGACCCUUGUAUAAGCACCGAAAGAAAUCAAGCUCAAGAAAAUGAAAUCGGCUCGAGCAGUUCUCAAGAAAGAGACAAGUUUAGUGUUUUUUCUCAACAUAGAAACAAGGAAUUCUGUUUUUUUCCCAGUACAAGCAAUAGGGAUCCCUCUGGGUCCUGUCCGGAUAAGUGGGCCUCAGAGGGUGAUGUUCAGAAUUUGGAGGCAAACAUCAGAAAGCGCAAGGCACCCUUCAGUGACAAUGUGGAGGAUGGACAUUUUGCUGGCAGUCCAACCAGUUCAUUGGUCGAAUAGAAUGGCCAGGUGCUGAGAUCUUUUUUGAAAGAAUGGUAGGAUUCCUCAUAGCAUGCUCUUGGCAAUCAUUCUAUAGCAGUGGAUAUAAGCUCAAUUUCCACCACAUAAUUGUAUACAAGUAAUAGAUAUCGGAGAAUAUGUUCAUGUUCUUCUUUGAUCACUCAUACGUGUAAAUAUUUUUUAAGCUAUUAUUAGUUAUUUUGAAUUAAAACCUAA